CGACGGGAGGCAGGCAAAAUUCCCAUUCCGCGGUCCCGUCGCCCGCGCCCCCGAUCGCUUUCCGAACUUUUCUUCCUCACCCUACCGCUGGACUUUCUCGUCUAGAUUGCAUGCAAGACCCUGCGGCACACGAUUCGGAACUCGGUAUCGUGUCAUGACUUUUGGGGUGGUUUGAUUGUCGCUAUAUGUGAUACCGAGAUAAACACUUCUGGAAAACGGUGAUCCAUCCGAUGGAUACCGAGCAGCAGCAGCAGCAGCAGCAGCAGCAGCACCAGCAUGCUAAGCGAGAGCUAGACCGAGGGGGAGGGGGAGGAGCAGAGAAAGACGAGCAGCAGUCCCCGGAACCCCCUCGGAGCAAGAAGCGGGCUAAAUAUACGUCGGUUGCUUGCAACGAAUGCAAACGCCGCAAACUCAAAUGCAGCGGUGAGACCGUCUGCUCACGCUGCGCACGCGACCAGGUGCGCUGCGUCUAUGCGCCGAGCGUGCACGCCGUGCACGCCGUGCCGUCCCUGCACGCGGCGCAGUCGAUACAUUCUGUUGGGUCUGGGACGGGGGUGUAUACUUCGUUGCCGAAUACGCCGAGGCCUAGGGAGGAGGAUGGGGUUAUGGAUCGGGUCCUGUCGACGCGAUUGCGCUCGGUGGAUGCGCAGAUUGAGGCACUGCAGCGGGAGAUGCGGGCUUUGGUGGGGAGGUUGAGGGUUUUGGAGGGAAAUUCCUCAGGCAUGGGAAUGGGGGCCACUGCUGUUGGUGGUGGUGGUGCUGCCGCCGCCGUAACGACCCCCGCCAACCACAUCCCCACCGCCGUCUCGACCGUCUCCUCCACCUCGGCCAGCGCGGGCCUCCAUCGCAUCAUGAACCGGCCCAAAUCGCCGACGUAUAUUGGUCCCACGAGCGCGGAGUUUGGGAUUGCCGACAGAAAGCAGUCGCAUGCGGGGGCGGCUGAGGAGGAGGAGGAUGAAGAAGAUGAGGACAUGGAAUCCACCGCCGCGCCGAGUCCCAUCCCCAUUGCCGACGGCGAGGGCGAUCCGCUCCGGUGUCUGGGGUUGACCGAGGCGUUGCGCCUGGUGACGGUCUACGAGCAUACGGUCGGGCUAAUCUACCCGUGCGUCGAUCUGGACAGCGUGCGCGCGUAUGUGGUGGAUUACUUUCGCGACGAUCUGUCGAAGUCACCGGCUGUAGGGGUCGGAGGCGGUGCGGAGGAUGAUUGGUUCUUUGCGCGCGAUGCGGAGGUGUUGAAGAUUCUUCUGGCCACCGCGCUGUUGGCGGAGUCGCAUGGAAGGAGUGAGCGCGCGGCCCUUUUGGCAGAUCGCGUGGAGGAUCAGUUCGCGAUGCGUAUGAAGGUGCCGGAGGUCGAUAUGAAGGAGUUGUUGAUUUUGGCUUUACUCUCAAUCUUCCACUCCUACCGCGACGACGAAGUCAUCGCCUGGCGCACCAUCGGACUCGCCGUGCGCGGCUCCAUGCAGCUGGGCCUGCACUGCCAGGAGACCUGGCAGAAGACCGGGGGUGUGUUUCCUGGGGAGCUGCACCGCACCUGGGCCAGCCGCCUAUUCUGGUGCAUCUACGUGCUGGACCGCAAGUGGUCGUUCGGCACGGGGCUCCCCUUCGCCAUCCAGGACGCCGACAUGGACACCAACCUGCCCGAGCCCGGCACGACCACCCCGUACCUGACGUGCAUGAUCUCCUACGCGCGCCUGAGCUCCAAGAUCUGGGGGCUAGUCGUGGGCUGGCGCACGCGGCCCCGCGCCGCCACCACCGACUACUGCGCCUACCUCGACUUCCAGGUCCAGCAAUGGAUCCAGUCCAUCCCGCCGGAGCUGCGCUUCGACCCGGCCCACCGCGCCACGGCGCGGGGCGACUCGCCGACCCACGCGGACAGCAUGAUGACCCUGCAGGUCCUACUGGCGCUGCAGGCCAACCAGCUGCGCAUCCUCGUCUACCGCCAGUACCUGCUGAGCGGCGAGAGCAUCGAGGACAGCGUCGCGGGCGCCUCCAUCGCCGUCGAGACCGCCAAGAGCACCGUCCACAUGCUGGACUACUUCAGUCGCGUGUCCGAGAUCUACUACCAGCGCCCGGAGCCGUUCAACUACUUCCUCAUCUCGGCCCUGGCCGCGCUGUUUCUGGCCGUGCUGCACGGCCCCGUCCGGUUCUCCCAGGUGUGUCGCCCGGAAUUCUACAAAGCAGUGGAGAUGGUGCGCCGGUCAUCCACACGAGCACGCACCUCGCGCCGCCUGCAGAAGAUCAUCCGCAGCUUGAAGAUCAUCCGCUUGAACCUGGGGAAGGAGGCGAAGCUGCACGCUUCCCUGAAGGGUGGAAUUCCCCAAGAGAUGGCAGGGGACUAUGCACAGGGGUACACCAUCCAUCCCUCGAUCCGGACAGAAACAGGGGGCCAGACGCGAACGCACCUACACCCUCAAUCUCAACCCACGCAGCGCUCGUCGAAUGGAGUGUGGUCGUUGGCGUCGACGGCGACGGAUCCCGCGCCUGCUGUGGCUGUGGAUAACGGGUGCGAGGAUCUGACGACUUUCUUCGAGAUGGCGGGCGGGCUGUACUUUGAUCCCCGGGUGCAAGCGGGCGGGGAGGGCGUGGCGGUGUUGGCCGAGGGGUUGGGCGGGGAGUUGGCUGCUGAGGACGAGGCAUUGACGAGGGUUAUGGCGGAUCUUUUGUAA